AUGACUGUCUCUAGUACCGCAUUAAUCGAAGACGACUUUGACUUGUUGGUUCCAAUUCACCACCCCUCACAGCCAUUAGACGUAAGGCAUUUAAUACAAACCAAAGCUUCACCGUAUCUGGAGCCGGAUCACUUGCUAGAUCUCACCAGGUUAAGCGAUGAAUAUCGCAUUCUCGCUUUGGCAUUACAAUCAUUCCAUCCAAUUGAUAACUACACCUAUGCUUAUUCUACUUAUCUGGAAGCAUUUAAUCUAGAAAUUAUCAUCGACCUUGUGAGGAAAUAUUCGUUGCAAUUGAACUUUACAUUUCCUCCAACCACUGUGUAUAUCAUUGUCUUCAGAUCUGCUUUAUAUGAAGAUGUCCGAAACUCUUCCGAAAAGCGCCAAUUUCUUGCAAAUAUCGACAAGGCAUCUCAUGCCGAAGCAAAUGAAUCAGGAGGUUUACUAAAAUAUUGGUUUGGUAUUCCAGAUGACACCCUGGGGAGAAACUUAGCUACAUGUUGGUGGAGAAAUCGAGGAGAUGCAAAAUUGGGUGGUGGAGGUAAAGCUCAUCGCAAAGGUAUGAAUGAAGUCAAAAGUUGGUUCAAGCAUUGGCAGGUAGAAGAAUAUACCUUACAAAUAUUCGAACAGGCUAGCGGCUUUUCAUUUGAUAGAAUCUAA